UAAACCCAGGGACGCAUGAUUCUCAGGCAGAUGUAGAGAUGAUAGAUGUAGAAAACAUUACAAAGACACAGCCAAAGGAAAGACAAACUGACUUGGCUGUGGAAGGCACGGAGGGGAAGAUUAGCGAAGCAACACCUAAAAUUGAAAAUAAUUUAAUGGAAGAAGAAGGAGUAUACAUUGAAGAGAAUGCCAAAAGUGAGACCAUACCAACAGAUACAAUACAUGUUGAAGAAACAGUAAUAUCUGAAAUGGAAGGCUUGGAAACACCACAAGAGGGAGGCAAAGAGGAAAAGGAUCAGGUAAGUAAUAACACAUCUGAUUUGGAGAUUCCUGAAGUUGACCAAACUGACAAUCAGAAAGAAGACACACUAAGUUCAGUUGCAACAGUGGAAAUACUCAAAGAAAAAGAUUUGGUAAGUAUGCCGGAAAAAGAGGACAUAAUAGAUGAUAUUCACAUAACCACAACACCACAGAAACAGGAGACAAGUAAAUCCAGUCAAGAUGAACCUGAAACCACAACAAUUAUACAAGAAACAAGAAAAGGCCCAAAGGUGUCAGAGGAGCCUACAUUAUCCUUCGAGGUCGUAACAACAGUGCAAGAUAUAGAAAAAACAAGUCAAGAAGCAAGUACACCGGAAGUUGUAAAAAUGCCCAAAGAUGAGAUGGAUCAACCACAGGAGACUAGAUCAGAGCCAUCAGAACAAAAGGUGGUCAAACCAGUAGAAGCUGAGCCAGGUCAAGUUACUAGUGAGAUGGAAGUUUUAAUAACUACUAAAUAUGGCAAAGAUAAGAGAGAGGCAGAAACAGCAUUACCAGAUAAAGAACUUGUGGAUGAACUAGACAAGUCAGAGGACCCUGCAUUGUCUUUUGAGGUUGUAGCAACAGCCAUUUCUGUUUUCACCAAUGAACCCUCAACACCCCAAGAAGAACAAGUAGAGACCAAAACUGAGAUGAGGCCACCUAUCAAAGAUCUUGACACCAAAAUGCCAGAAAAAGCUGAGCUUCCCGGAGAUGAAGACAGAACUAGUGUAACAAAAUCAGAAAAUGACAAAAUGACUAAACCGUCUUGGAGUCAAGUAGGUUCCAAGACUUAUGCUGAAACAAGUUUAAUAGAAAACAUGGGUAAAGAGCCAUGUUCAGAACCACAAAAUACUGAAAAGACUGGUGUUUCUGAAAAGACAAAAGAUAAACCAACUUUGAAGAGAAUAAAAAGUGUGGAGAUUUCCCGAUCAAAAGAGAAGGAGAUUUCUCUUACUCGAGCUGGAAGUCUGGAUGUGAAAGAACCUAGAAAGACUGUAUCAAAAGCUGAAAUUGAUAAAGUAACACAGGCCAAAACAAAGCCUAAAGGACUCAAAUUACCAUCUUCAAAAUCUAAAAUUGAGAUUCCGGCACCAAAGACUGAAAAACUGACUCCUGAUGACACAAGUGACAAAAUAGCAGUUGAAAAUGAAUCAAAAUUGCUUAUAUCAGAAAGUCAAGAGCCUUUGUCUAUGGAGGAAAAUUGUAUAACUCAAGACAUUUUAGUAGAUGAGCUUGCCAAAGAAGAGACAUGUAGUACAGAACCAGUCACCAAAGAUUCAGACACAAAAGAGAAGGAAGAAAAGUCUGUAGAAAACAAAGCGAUUAAACUUUCUGAAAAAGUAAAACCCCAGCCAUCAUUAAGAAAAACAAAAAGUUUUGAUAUUUCCAAACCUAAGGAGACACAAAUGGCUAGAGCAAGCAGCAUUGAUGUGCAAGAAAUACAACCGAGGAAGGCAUUUCCCAGAGUUGAAAGUGAUAAAGUGCCAGAGUCAACAACAAAAACAAAAAGUCUAAAAUCUCCAAAAUCUGAAGAGACAACCAAAAAUGUAGCCAUGAUUUCUGAGGCUACUGCACCACCAUCUAAAACACCUGAUGGAGAUAUGAUCAGAGCUUCAUCAGCAGUAACUGAACCAAAGGUUUUGCCUGAUGAUGUCUCUCCAACACUUGAUGACGAGGAACUGAAAACUGAAUUAGACCAUAUUGAGUCAUCUGUGGAGUCGCCUGCAACUACUGAAGAUGCAAAACAAACUAUAAAAGCUUCAGGGAAAGAAAAAGCCAAACCAAUACUAAAGAAGGCACAAAGCGUUACUAUUUCUGAACCUAAGGAAGUACGUAUUGCUAGAUCAGGCAGCUUGGAUGUGAAAGAAAUGCAACUAAGAAGGCCUAAUUCCAAAGUAGAAGUGUCACAACCUAAAAUCAAACCAAAAGCUCCCAAAUUAACCUCAUUAAAGUCAAAGGAGAUUGCAAAAAAAACUUCAGAGUCUACAAUACAAUUAGCUGAUUUUGGCAAAGAAAGUGAACUAAAAUCUCCCAAUGCUGUAACUGAAUUGGAAAAACUAGAAAGUCAGGACUUUACCUCGAUAUCUGGUACUGAUAUUUCUCUGGAACUUCCGAAAGAGGAACAGGAAGAAGAAAAGGGUGAGGCAGUUGAUAUGAAGCAAUUAUUAGUUGCACCUUCUUCAACAAAAAAUGCAGUGGCCAUAGAAACAUCUAAGCUGGAAAUUCCUGAAGAAAAACACACCCCAUCUCUAAGAAAAGCAAAAAGCAUUGACACUGACAAACCCAAAGAGAUGUUUCCUGUCCGAGCAGCCAGUAUUGAUUUGCAAGAUAUUAAAAGAAGAAAGGACAAAGUUGAAACAGGUAAACCACUAAAGACCAAAGAAAAAACUCCCAAAUUAUCAACUUCCAAGAUUAAAGAUUCCUCAGAGGAUACUGUCUUGAUUUCUGAUACUGAAACUGCAUUUGAUCCUGAUCUUCCAGAACUUUCACCAACAAAUUACAAAAAAAAUUCAGCUGAAUUAGAAAAAACUCAAAUUCAAAAACCUGACUCAGAUUCUGCUGAUUUUGCUCUAUCAUCUAAGCUCCCUGAAGAAAAAUACAAGCUUUCACCUACUGAUAUCACUCUAGAAAUAAAGCCAAAAGUUGGCAUUGAGGAAACUUCAAUACCUGAAACAAAUGUUGAACAACCAAAAGAGAUUCAAAAGUCUGUGGUCGGAAGUAAAGCUGCUGCUGCCAAAGAAGGAAAGGCAAAACCCAGCAUGAAAAAAGCAAAGAGUGUAGACAUGCCCAAACCAAAAGACACAUGUAUUUCCCGAACAGGCAGCAUUGAUGUGAAAGAUAUACAACAGAAGACAAGCAUAUCCACAAUUGAUAGUGGAAAGCCUGAAGAAACCAAAAUGGAUACAAAUAUAAGUAGUAAGGAUUCCAUAGAUCUCUCCAAAACUGCAAAACUGGAAAUGCCUGAUACUGUGGCUGAGAUCAUUGAAGAAACAGAUGCAAAACUGCAAAGUGACAAUCAAAACGAUGCCCCACAAGUUGAAGAAAUUGAUGAAGAAAUUGAAAUUUUGGAAAUUUCACAAACCAAUCCAAAUCUAGAGGAGUUUGAGCAACCACCAGUUAUAACUACAAAAAUGGUUUCAGAGUCACAGAAAGGUGACAAAGAACCUAUUAUAGAUGAUUCAGUAGAGCUAAAAUUGAGAGUGGAGGGGGGAAUCCAACGAGAAGAAGAAAUUAAUACUAAUGAUGUCAUCAAUAAACCAGAUCACGAAUUGAUGUCUUCAGAUGAAGAUGUGGAGGAAUUGAUGGAUAGUCUAAGUGACAGCAAAGUCACCAGAACAAAAAAGAAGAAGAGAAGCAAAAAGUGUAAAAAGGAAGAUUCUGGUGUAGAAAAUGAGCCUGUGAACAUCCAGCCUAAUCCACCAGAUCUCAAUGAAAUGUUAACAAUAGAUGUUAAAACACAAGUUGAAUUUGAGCUUGAGGUGUUGAAAAAAGAAGAUCGUAUUACCGAAAGCAAAAGAAGACCAAAGUCUGAAGGAAAAGUGAAUGUGUCAGAAGAAUUAGAUAUUAUUUCUGAAGUAGGAGAGCCAAAAAUUGAGAGAUUAUUCAGAAAAGACAAACUCUCGCCCAAGUCCAAAACUCGUCUGAAUGUUUCACCCGAACUUCCUGAAAAUGAGACCAAUGAUGAGACUCACAAGGUUAACUUAAUAUUAAAGACAGUUGCAUCAACAGUAGCACAAUUAGUGACGUCAGAGGAAAAGGACAACACAACAGUGUUACCUAAACCAGAGCCUACAAUAGAUAUUCAACAAAAUCCAAAGGCAAAAACAUGGGAAGCUGAUGACAUCAAGUUUCUGGAGGAAAAAAUCGAAAAAUCUCAAUCUCAGCAGGGAGGUGAAAUGACGACUAUGGCACCACAAGUGGUCCAACCACCUCAGGGAGAGAAGACUCCACGAAAAAAUUCCAAAGACAGUGAAUUCACCCAGGUGGAAGACAUCCCUGUCGAUAACGUUGCUGAGUCUGAUGAACCACGUAGUCGACCAGUCGAGCAUGAGGGUAUAAUAAAGACCACUGAACCAUGGGAUGAGAGUGAAACCUCUAAAACCAAACAAAAGAAAAAGACAAGAAAACCCAAAAGGACAAGCAAAGACAAGGGUCAUGAGGAGGAGGAGGUGCCUUCUCACUUCCAAGAAAUGACAAAAUUGAUUCAACAAAUCGAAAAAGAGAAAGAAACACCACUGGAAACACCCAAAGACAGUGUUCUAAUUGAGCCCCAAGAGCCGACUUUGGUUGUUUGUGAGAUUCAAUCAGCAGUACCUCAUGCAGAAAUGUAUAGCAAUUUGCCAUCGCCAAAAGAAAGUUUAGAAAUUACCCUAGCAGAAGAAACCCCUGUCGUGGAUGUUACUGAGUCUGAUGAACCACGAAGUCCAACAGCUGAGCGUGAGUUACCUUCAGAGGAGGGUCAAAUGAAGACCACUGAAACACUGAGUGAGACUGGAGUCUCCAAAACCAAAGAAAAGAAAAAGACAAAGAAACCCAAAAAGACAAGCAAAGACAAGGGUCGUGGGGAGGAGGAAGCGCCUUCUGACUUCCAAGAAGUAAAACCUGAUUCUACUGAACCACAGGGCGUGUGAUCAAAAGAAACAGAGGAAAAAUUUGUUCCCUCUGAAGAACAAGACCUCAUAACUCCACCUCAGCCAGAAACAGUAUCAGUGCCAACAGAGCAGGUCCAAGAAAUUGAAAAAGACAAAGAAAUUCCACUAGAAAUGCCCAAAGACAGUGUUCAGAUUAAGCCCCAAGAGCCAACUGCUGGUGUGGUUUCUGAGAUUCAGCCAACAGAUCCUCA